CAGCAGCUUAGUUAGUUCUAGGUUCCGGGAGACUGGAGACCGCUCGCGUCCGCACAAAAUUUUACUUCUGACAAAACACGGACGACAGCAUGGCACAACGCACAACGCACACUGGCAGCAGACGCCUUAUUACUGCAGCAGCGUGAUGUUGGUUGUCUGUCUAGCACCCCGCUCUCGUACAGCUCGAAGACAUGCGGCUGCAAACGGUCUGUCCGCCGUGUUUACAUCGCCUUGCUCAAAUUCAGCAGGGCCAGGGAGCACCUGAAGUCCUUGCGACUCUGCGGGAAAGAAGUCGAUCAGAGGGUUCGAUCUGUGACUGAGGCAUUCUGCAUCGAUGAGUACUGCCUACUGGAGCUAAGUGAGCCUUCGAGUGCAGUGGGUAAGAGAGGAUCAGCUCAAGAAACGCACUACUGCUCCGUCUUCACUUGCACCGGCGCUUUGUAUGCGCAUGUAGAGAGCGCGUGCUGUGAGGUGCUGUGAGCUGGCACCAACAGUGGCAGUAGAUCCAGCGCAAGUGGUGGUGAGGGGUGUCGCAGCAUGGACUGUAGAUCUACACCUCUAAAUGGCAAUGUUGAAGAGGCCGAGAACGACAGCGAGCUUAUGGGCAUAGAUGUUGAGAUAAGCGGAGGCUCAAACCAGGGAUCGGACGCGGAGGACGGCCUCCCCGACAGUCCGUCAGAUUCAACUGGCGGCCGAUCUGAGGCAGAAAAAAAAGGUUGCCAACUGGACGACGUGUUUUCAGGUGCGUUGUCGAGCAGUCCUACGAAGCCGAACGCUGCUUGUACACCUCUGAUUACGUUGAGUUGUGAUUCGGUGGAAAUAACUAGCGCCAACAACCCAUGCCCGUCGACAAGUGGUAGCACAAGCGACGACAAUGGAACGGCAGCUGCAGAACGCGAGGAGGAAUCGGACAAUUUCUACUCCAAUCCUGAUCAUGUGUGGCAGAGUAUCCGUCGCAAGGCAGCGGGUGGUAUGUCGUCCCAAAACUCAUCCUCGUCAUUCACUGGUGACGAGGCUUCACGGAGAACCGAAGAAGAGGCCGUGGUCAUCAAGCGUUUAUCCGUACUGGCUGUCAAAUCAGCUGCUAGGCAUUGUCGACGAUCGUUCGCCCAUUACGACGGAGCAAGCGCACUGACAAAUUUGGCCGACUCCUAUGGCAUCAGUGAGCGCUCGUUCAACGUCAAUGUACCGUGCGGUGCAUCAGCCAUUGGUCAUUCAGUCGCGGAGGAAGCUGGUGACAUGCGCGGAAAUGAAUUAGUCCUUGCUGCACCGCAGUUUUGGAAUGAGCUGGGUGGUGAUGCAUUCAAGCGUUGUGCUCUGAAGAGAUCCGGCAAGGUUCCAUUGGAGUUCUCACCCAAGUCAUGCUGUGGCGUAGUUCUUGAAGUCUCCCUCGUACACCUGAACAGCAGUGAUGUGGAGCGCAAGCGACGGCGAUUCUGCCAGCUGCCUCUGUGGCGGCCCUCUGGUGGACACCAAGCGGAGGGCACAACAUUGCUGCACUUUGACAACUUCGACAUGGGUGCCCUGUACUACCGGCACUUCUUUGCGGACAACGAGCACAUCAACCUGUUCUCCAUCGACGAUGGCCUGGGUCCAGUGGCCAUCUCAUUACGGCGAGAGACAGUGGAGAUAACAAGCACGUCUUGCUACAAUGCCAGUGACAUGGCUAGCAGGCGAGAUGGCCUGACUACGCAGACUGCAGCAGCAGUGCAGCACUCGCCCGGUGGUAUACGGCACCAGUACCGAGUGAUUGUUCGCACGGCCAGGCCCGCCGUGCUACGCGGCACCGUCUCGGAGGACAGCAUUGUGGCGGCCGGUGCUCAGUUGCGUCCCACUCCGCACAAUCCCGGCAUCAGUGUGCGCGACAUUGUGGCGUUUGUUGCGCCAGAAGUGCAGCUUUCGUCUCUUCGUUUCGGGCAGGCCGACGAGAAGGUGGUUGAUACGUUGCUUAAGUUGGACGAGCAGGGACUCAGCGCACAGUACAAGUUUGGAGUAGUUUACUGCAAGGCCAAUCAGAGCACUGAAGAAGACAUGUACAACAAUGAAGAAGGCUCAAGUCGUUUUUAUGAGUUCAUGGAUUGCUUGGCGGAGAAAGUGGAGUUGCGUGGCUUCAGCCAGUAUCGUGGGCAACUUGAUAACAAGAACGACUCAACCGGUGAGCAUUCCUACUUCACCACAUCCGAAGGGAUGGAGAUCAUGUUCCAUGUCUCUACACUCUUGCCCUACACACCCAACAACAGGCAGCAAUUGCUACGCAAGAGGCACAUUGGCAAUGACAUUGUCACCAUCAUCUUCCAGGAAGAGGAUGCGUUGCCGUUCACGCCAGCCGUUAUGCGCUCACAGUUCCAGCAUGUCUUCCUUGUCGUGCGCUGCAUGUCCUCCUGCCCUGAGACUGGCAAGCCACGCUACCAAGUCGCCGUGUCCCAGGCUAAAGACAUGCCACCGUUCAGUCCAGCGUUGCCAGCGACACCGAUCUUCACACUCGGCAAGGACUUCCGCUCGCUUAUGCUCACCAAGUUGAUCAACGCAGAGAGCGCCGCACACAAUUGUCAGAAGUUCUUCAACAUGUCUAUGCGCACACGUUUCGAGUAUCUGUCCAAUCUGGCCAAGGACCGCUCCACCAGCCAGGGCCUGGAAGGGAGUGGCGGCGGCAGCCUUCUGUCACGCUUGCGCAAGCAGCUCUCAGCGGACAAGUCCAAGCAAGCCAACUUGCCAAUGGCUACCACCGUCGAUCUUCUCCAUUUACCUGGUGCAAUGGUGUGGCCUGUUGUGGUGCUUGACUGGGGUGUAGGAGUGGAGCAGCAUCAAGUCGAAUGUCUGCUCAGCAUCUCCCACUCUGGCGCCACUUUCCUCGACCCCGAGCUGCACAUGGUACGAUGCAACAUUCCACCCGACAACAUUGCAGGCUGGAUCUCGGACGGCAAGGCAAUGCGGCUCUUCUAUCGAGGUAAUGGCUACGUGUCAUUUGUUGCUAACUGUGGCCCUGUCCUGUCUGAUGAAGCCGUGGCAGAAAUUGUUGUUCGACUGAAUGCGUGCAGCAAGGGCAGCUCUGCUAUUGAGCUCCUACUGCGCAAGGAAGACAACACCGACUAUGGCUUCAUCGUGCACAGUGAUGGUGUUGUGAGUGAGGUGAUCGAGGGACUCGCCGGGUAUGCUGCUGGCAUUCGCCAAGGCUCACGUAUCAUCUCCAUGGAUGGCAUUCCCGUGUACGGUCAGCCAAUGGAGGAGGUCGUCACUCACCUGCGAGAAGCAAAGGCUAUCAAAGCCAUGGUUAUCCCACCAACUAUGGAUAACAUCCCGCGAGGCGGUCGUCACCCAUCAAGUGGCCUGCCAGCUGGUGAGGAUAGCGCUAGCAGCAACACAACAAACAGCUUCCUGGCACCGCCAAGGUCUGGCAGUGGCUACAAUGGCCGGGCCUCGCCAGAGUUUCACGGUGGUGGAAUGGGUCGACGCCAGUCACUCAAGCGCAAGAUACCUGUUGGCGAGAAGUGGAUGCAGGAAGUGUGCAGUUCAGCGGCCACGCAGCGCCAGCCGAGGGCACGAGCGGCAUCGAUUGACAGCCCUUCGCUGCGCGGUGUGGUGCGCAAGGCGAAGGAUAAGCUGGCCGCCAAGAGCUCCGUGCAGCCAGCCCCGUCUCCAAUGGCCACGCAUCGACGGACGCCGUCUACCACUAUGGUUCCGGGUAUGAACUCAGAUUAGCAGAUCACUGUGGCCCGCUCAUUGUGCAUUGGCUGCAUACAUUUAUCCAAUCGGUAUCAUAGCGGCGGCGGCAUUGCUAAUCUGCCAUGCUCUUACUCUAGUGGAUAGGGUUGUGCGUCGCCGCGCUCGGCCACACUGCUAUGUGGCUUUGCUUCAGGACCGAAACACUUUACACCGUCUUUUGGUGGCUGGCGUCUUGGUAUGUUAUUUGCCAGAAUGACUAGCACGGCACGGUGCAUCUGCUGAAUUCACCACCGCUUGCUUGUUGAAUUGAGCGCAACUUGAGCGCAUUCUGAUAUAGCCGAAAUCGCCAUGAGCACUGCAUACUUCAGUCUUGCUUCCUGGGUGUUUGCGUUGUGUUUUGGAGUGCUUGCCCGGCUUCCUGCCCGCUGUACGAGUGCUACCAUUAGGCUCGAUGUCAACGAUAGAAUUAUGCCAUCAGGAGUCGUUGCCGCCGCCGUCGGUAUCGUUCACACUUCUGCAAUGUUGCUUUAAGAGUGAAUGCCUGCAGUCACUCCUGGUAACGCGAUCUGCCCACGCCCGCUGCCGGGCUCGUGCCUGUGCUUCUUUUCCGUGCCUUUCAUUAUUGGCUCAAGUUCCUGUUUUCGCUCAGGCGUUUUAUUGCACUGAACGCCUUGCUCACAGACCAAGCCUAUCUCGGUGCCUUUAUUCAUUGUAUUUAUUUCCGAAAGCAGUUUUUCUAUCAAUUUCUCCACCAAGCAAUGCUAUUAUAUCUACUGACAAUGGCUGCCACGUCAGGAAUAAGAAUGGUUCCAAAACUCA